GAAAAGUUGCAAAUGAAGCAACGAUCGACCGCCGAGUAGGGAAGACCCCGACACCCUCGUCUCACCAUGUUAUGCUCAGAGAUGCAAGUUUCUCUUAGGCCGUAUGUAUAAUAGAUGCGCCGCAUCAGUAUCGGCUGGAUCUCGGAGGAACUUCUAUGCAGCGGAACAACAAUCCUUACGUCUUCCUUAGCAGUGAUGACACUUCCAUGAUGAACGGGAAACAGCAUAUCAGCAUGCACCCUCCAAUAACUGCCGGGCCCAAGUACACCCCUCUCCACCGUACGUCGGAAGCCAUGCGCCGGCACUGUAUGACAACCCCCCCGAGCAAUAUAUUUGCGGGGUUGGAUGAGAGCCUACUCGCUCGUGCCGAGGCACUGGCGGCGAUCGACGUUGUCUCCGGAAGCGGCGUGAAGCACUCCCCGCAGCUGCUGCGGCCGGACACCGGCUAUCCCGGCAUGAACGGGACGGCGCACUCCCCGGCGACCUCGGUGGCGGGGCCGGGGCCCCACGUCUCGCACCCUCUACCCCACCACCCGCACAGCUUCGCCGACAGCGAGGCCUCCCCGUUCGAUCAGAUUCCAACGACGUCUCUGCCGCUCAGUAUGAGCAUGACGGACCCGAACUCUCCCGUGGUGUCCUCCGUGUCAUCCAUGGCGCCCACACACCUCCCCGGGAUGCACCCCGCCCCCACGGGCAACAUGACAGGCAUGUCUCCCCACCACCUCGUCCCCAACCCCCACCACCCCAUGUCUAUGCACGACCCUAACGACACGGAUCCCCGCGAACUGGAAGCCUUCGCCGAACACUUCAAGCAGCGCAGGAUAAAACUGGGGGUGACGCAGGCCGACGUGGGGCAGGCUCUGGGGAAGUUGAAGCUGCCCGGAGUAGGCUCCCUCUCCCAGAGCACCAUCUGCCGCUUCGAGUCGCUCACGCUCUCCCACAACAACAUGGUGGCGCUCAAACCCGUGCUGGAAGCGUGGCUCGGCGAGGCCGAGCAGCAAGCUCGCGCCAAGCAGAGGAGCCCCGACAUCUUCAAUAACGCCGAGAAGAAGAGGAAGAGGACAAGCAUUGCCGCGCCGGAGAAGCGGUCGCUGGAAGCCUACUUCGCGGUCCAACCCCGACCCUCCUCGGAGAAGAUCGCGGCGAUCGCGGAGAAGCUGGACCUGAAGAAAAACGUGGUUCGGGUCUGGUUCUGUAACCAGAGGCAGAAGCAGAAGAGAAUGAAGUUCUCGGCGCAGCAAGGCGGGAGAUAAAAGACCGCUCGCAGCACGCCCGGUAGGAGAGAGAACUUAUUCCACGUCACCAGUAUAUACAUACUUCUGAUAUACAAACUGUAAGAUAGCUCCACUCAGUCAGACUCCGCUAUCGCACCGCCAAGCCCGACUAGUGAGAACCCGCACUGGGGAGACCGGGCCGCCGGCGAUAUCUUGUCGCCAAAUCCCUGCUCAAUGUAGGUGAAUUUAUUUCAUCGAGUCUGGGCUACUGGGGGCCAAUUUUGCCUUCAAGGUUCGAUAGUUCGAUUGGUGUAGUCCUGGGAAUUGUGUAUACAUGUAGCAAACGCCCAUAUAGCACCUAAAAAUGUACGAUAUUUCCAUUCGAAAUUAGCUCUGUUUUCUGUGUACGUGUGAACCCGUCGCUAAUCACUUUAAGGAUGUGUAACGAGGUAAAUUAGCUGGCGAUUUUAUAGCGUCCCCACGCUGAACUGGUCAUGUUCGAACGCCCAAAUUUGAAAGCAAUCGAGUCAUUACAGCAGAACAAAUGUUACCUGUGCCCGUUUCGCACCGGCCCUAAUGUUUACGUUUAGCCCCGAGCUAUAACAAACUCCGCCGACGCCUUUUCACCCGUAUUGUUCGUUGAUUGAUAGCGUUAAAAUAACGGUCACAACAAAACCCGCGAAAGCACAGAAAAAACACGUUUCUCCACCUCCUAGUAUCGUCAUCACCACGUUGCAUAAAAUAGUAACGAAGCGGGGGUUUCCCCGCUUGUGUAUAAAAUAUUUACAAGUCCUCCCUUAUCUUCAUCAUUAAGUAUUUAUUUGGGGAAUUCCUCGUUUGAUUCAUUGUGAAUUUUUUACCCAGUCUAGUCGACGUAAGCAGAGCUAGAAGGCAGUGUAGCCAUAUUCUAUCCGUGCGGGGAAAAUUCACACUGGUAUUUAUUUGCAACAAAGAGAAAAAGGUAGGGCAGCGCCUGUCUUGUAUAUAUAGCAAAAUUGUGGCAUUGCUGUCAUCAUAGUCUAACAUGAACAUAUGCCACUUAUGCUCGAUACGUGUCCUUUUUAUGAUGUUAUUUGUGUAUUGUAAUGAUAUGAUCUAUAAUAUAUACCGAAGAGCAAUGAUAUGUUAUUGUAAGACUACAGCAAGAUGUACAAAUUAAAAUGAGGGAAGAAUUUUAGAUGUCAAGUGUAGGGCUAAGGUAUGUACAUGGAGAGCGGCCACCCGGCUUUUAUUAAUACAAGGGUGGUGUGCGUUUUAUACAGCGAUAUGUGUAGACGGUUAUGUAGCAGAAUUCACUGUGUUUGUGCGCGGCUUGCCCCAGGAGCCAGCUACAUUGUAUAGAAAGGGUCCCAGUACUCUAAACAUUGUUCUACAUCUCCAAAAACGGCGGGAAAUAAACGCACCCUGCCGCGGGGGGUACGAGCAGUAGGUAGAAUUCACCAGUGUAGACAGUUCAGACAGAGAUGUGCAUGGCUUGUUUCAAAUUUCGGCCUGGACAAGCUCUUUCACAUAUUCUCGUCACCAGCUAGGUUUCAAUAUAAGUGUUCAGCCCGUCGGCUUGUCUUCUCGUCUUUACCAGAUAUUUUUCAAUA